AAGAACGUGACUGCGAGAGAAAAUACUAUUUCCGCGGACAAGCGCUAACUUCUUUCCUGCGUCCAAGCCUGAUGCUGAUUGAGGUCCCUGUGGCUGAGCCCAUGCAGAGGAGGGAUGCUCUCAGGGGAAUGUAGUAGCACCAGUAGGCUGCUGGAUCCUCUGUGCGGCAGGAGGAGGUUGGUUGUGUCGGCCAUGACGCUGCCCUGCACCUUCUACUGCAGCCUCUGGUUCCUGUUGCUCCUUGGCGCCGGCUCCUUACUCCUCCUGGUACACCUCCAGGACCUCUCAGAUACACUCCAGCAGCAGCAAAACCCAGGUGCAGUGUUGGUGGUGGCUCCAGGAUGGCCAGUUCAAAAGGAGCAGUCCUCAGACAGUGCAGCCCUUGUGGGCUUUGACCUGGGCGGAGUUUUCCCCGGAGCACUACGUUUCGAGAUGUCUUCUGCCCCCAUUCUCCCUAGUCCUGGCCCCGGACAGCCCCUGGCCUUCCAGCGGUCAGCCCACAAAGCCAGCUCAACCUCUGAGAACCAACAGGCCAAGAGCCCCAGGCCAACACCCUGUGAUGUCCACUCUGUUGAGGACCGUCAGCUACAGGGCAUGGCACAAACCCAGGCGUCCCGCCGCCGCCUGCUGCGGGAGGUCUGUGCCAAGUACCAGCCGGGCGCCACCGAACGCCCCGUGUCUCGCCGGCAGGUGUCCCGCGUCUAUGUGGAAGACAGGUCCAGCCUGCUGUACUGUGAGGUACCCAAGGCCGGCUGCUCCAACUGGAAGCGGGUACUGAUGGUCCUGGGAGGCAGCGCCAAUUCCACCCGCAGCAUUGCCCACGACGACGCCCACUACGCCAACCAGCUCCGCAGACUGGACGGCUACGACCAGGAGGGCGUGGCCGAGAGGCUCUGCUCCCACACCAAACUCCUGUUUGUGCGGGAGCCCUUCGAGAGGCUGGUGUCGGCCUUCCGUGACAAGUUCGAGAGCCCCAACUCGUACUACCACCCAGUGUUUGGACGGCCCAUCAUCUCGCGGUACCGGGCCAAUGCCUCACGCUACGCCCUGAGGACCGGCGCUGGGGUUACCUUCAGGGAGUUUGUCCAGUACCUGUUGGAUGUACGGCGACCAGUGGGCAUGGACAUUCACUGGGAGCCGGUCAGCCAGCUCUGCAGCCCGUGCCUGCUGCGCUAUGACUUCAUUGGGAGGUUUGAGAGCCUCAAGGAAGAGGCCAACUUCCUUCUACGGAGCAUCGGGGCGCCUAGCAACCUCACAUUCCCUGACUUUAAAGACAGGAACCCCAAGGCAGAAAGGACUUCCUCCACCAUUGCCCAGAGAUACUUUCAGCAGUUGAACUCUACGGAGAGACAAAGGGCCUAUGACUUUUAUUACAUGGAUUAUCUCAUGUUUAACUACCCCAAGCCCUACAAAGACCUGUACUGAUGACUCAUUUGAGAUUAUUCAUAAAAAGGCUGUGGAAGCCAAUAAUUGGACUUGAAUAAGCACUGAAGAAGAUCUAAUCAUGUAAAGUAUUUGUAUUAUGUGUCUUAUAUACAUGUGGUUGAAAUGAUGGUUUCAUGUGAUUACUUUGAGCACAUGUUGUAUAGCUUUUUACCUCAAUGCUUUGUAUCAUGUGCAAACUGGUGGACAUUUUGUGAUGAACGCACUUUUGUCUAUUGGUGGACAUAUCAACCUGUCAACAAUCAACAAGACUAUUUUCAGAUAAGCCCUGUGUGGACUCUGAAGUGACCUUCCUUGGUGGAGGAAUGUAGUAUCACCUGUUCAGUAAACAUUAAGUAUGUUUAUUAAGCCUUCUUAUAUGAAGAUAUGUUUGUCAUUUCCAUGCCAAGUGAAAACACAUCUAGGAAACAUACAUCGUACAUCCAUGAAUAGAAGGGGAAGUGAGAAGCUACUGUAACUACUGAGAUUACUGUCCUAAAGCAGAAAUAAGUGUUUUCCAGAUUCUCUAUGAGAUUUUUACUGUUUCCGUAGUAACGGUCACAGAUGCCUACUGAUAAGAGAAGAGCACCCCUGCCCUUUGACGGCCCUAAGGGGAGAUAUGUUUCGGGCGACACCACCUUGUUGAAGAUAUGUUACAGAACAAUUUGAUUUCAAACCGACAAUUGGGAUGCUUGUUUCGAUAUAUACAGUACAUUAAAUAGCUUUGUUAUAGUAUAUUUCUUAAAUACUAAAACACAUGAAGUAAGGGAAAGAAAAAUAUAUGUAUAUCAGUCAUAUCAAGAAAACAAUAAUAUCGGCAUUACUGUGUUUUAUGUUGGUUGUGACAAGUCAACUUCCAGAUGUAGCUGAGCACCAAUGAUCAUAAAAUAUGGUGGAAAUGAAACAGGUAGGUUUAAAGGUUUUCUGGGUAAUUGUAUGGGUGUAUUUUACAAUAGUUAUAACUGUACUGUUAAAGAGGGAAUGUAAUGUGUUACAUAUCUGUGCAGAGAUGUUUUAAUCCCCGCGUAUUAAACACUGCCAAUUUACAUGUUCCUCUUUGUUUGUUUGGGUAAUAAGUAGUUACAAAACAGGAACUAUGCACUUUGUAAGGAUGUUUUGACAGGCCAUCAGUAAAUAAAUAAAGUUUGGUUUUUUUACAUUUGGAUUUAGUGCAGAUGCGUUCCAAUUUGAAAUUCUUCAGAUUAUUUUUCGUGUGGUAAGGAAUGCAGUAGGUCUAACCCCUAAUCAGUCACAGAAUUUCAAUUCUCAAGAGCCAGAUGUGUGAAACAGUGUCAUCAUUAGUUUAGAGACUUCACACAUUGGUACAGUCAGUGUCUGUGACCUUCUCAUUGUACAGUAGAGUAGGGUCUUGUCUGACUACCCAAUCCUUUGUUCCCAUUGAUCAGAUUUGAGGCUCUAUAGCGCCCCCCUGUGCUAGACCGACAUGGUGUUCAGUUUUUAACUAUCCGGAUUUUGUCAAUCAGAUAGAUAGUUUUAUUUGUAAACUAAGACUAAAACUACCAUGAAGAAAUUUUUCUGUCAGCUGAAAUAAAUUACAAUUUAUUGAUGAUAAACAUGAACUAAACUGGAACAACAAAUGUUAUGUAGAAAUUGACCAGAAUAAAAUAUAAACCAAUGUAAACUCUUUUCAGUUUUGGUCUUUUGGCCAUCUAUAUUCAGAGACUAUGAUAGUUUUCCUGCAUACAAACAUGCAUACAUCCCCUGUAUUUUGGAUUGUUUUCAAUGGGUUGUCAGUGCU